AUGAAACUCCCACGAUUGCUUUUCUCGGCCUUUGCGAAUGCAUCCACCUCAGGAGAUGAAAACAUGGAGCAUUCUUCAAGCGAGGAAAGCGUCGAUCUCGUGAUGACCGAUGCAGAACCCAAUGACCAAGAGAACACGGGCGGUCAGACCACUUCAGACAACAACAUCACUGGUGCAUCAGCUGCCUCGACAACUAAUGAGAUUAUUUUCUCAUCCGAUGAUGUUUAUCUUACCCUCUCGCCACUUUCUCAAGCAAGGAAGCUCUUGAGAAAAAUGGAACUCAAGGACAUCGAGAUUGACCGGCUGAAGCGUGCGCUUAACCAUGUCAAAAUCUCCUCAGCCACGCGCAAGUUUUGGCUUGUUACCAAGGGGUUCAUUGGUCGACAAGAUGUCAGGAUCAAGAAGCUCAGAAAUGAGAUUCUUGAUUACACGGCGCUGAUUGACAAUUCCAAGAGCAAGCUCAGUGAGCGCGAACAUGAGAUUGAAGAGUUGAAGCAGAAGCUGCAAACAGCCGAGAAAGAGGCAAAGAAGAGCAGAGAGACUGAAGCUACUAUUCGGGAUACUCUUGACAGGAAGAUUCUGAGGCUUGAGGACGACAUCGACAAACUCAUGGCCGACAACAAAACACUCAAUCAGCAGCUGAUCGCGACCAAGGACUGCGCAGCCUCACCUCAGUCAGUCUCAAAUUCAACCAAAGUCGCGGACGCCGCCAUUGUCAACCUAUGGAACAGCAUGUCGUACAACAUCCGAGACAUGGCGACGACUCUUCUCACUGGCUGUCCUUCCCAAGAGGAGUUGCGAAGCGAACUUAUUGAUGCGUCUUCUGCUGUUGGACGUAUGUCGGCCCGGCAUUGCGACCUCCUCCAGGAUGAGGACAUCAGAUCUCUCGUCGUCGAAAGAUACAUUUGGAACGGCAUCAUGUCAAGCAUAUUUGGCCAUGGCGAAGAGGACGACCUGCGCGGAGCUUGGUCCGGAAGAGUCGGAGACCGCUUUGUCCACAUCUGUCGUGAUCUUUUCGGUGUUAUCCAAGAAGAGGGCCAUGAUGCAAAGAAGUUUUUCCGCUGGAAAGCAAAGGGCGGCGCCAUGAUAGAGAAGAUCAUGGGAAUCAAGAGCUGGGACACAUAUGAAGCUGUCGGACCGGAGCUCGAGGGCUGGUACAAAUUCCUGCCCCAUGACAAAAAGAACUGCCGCGCCACCCGUCUCAGCAUCGACAACGCACUUGACAAGAUUUACGAAGAGGCUGUCGAGCUGCAGAGAAUCUUCAUGAAGUCUAAAGCCCACUUCUUGGUUGAGUGGGAGCCUUCUAAUAGGUCAUAUGCCUGGCCUUCCCGCUACCACCCCGACAUGAUGGAAGCGGAGAUGUGGGAAAAGGACUUGGACAGGACGAGUAGGGUCGUCUUCCGCGUUUCCCCAUUCUUGACGAAGAUUGGUACGGCGGACGGCGAUAACUACGAUCGUUACAUGCUGUUGGCCAAGCAGCGCGUGGUCUGCGACUGA